CCUAUAUCUAUCUAUCUAUAUAUUUGUGUGCAGUGUGGAAAAAAACAGACGUGAAACUAGAAAGAAAGAAAAUGGGUGGUGGAAUACGGUGGUUAGUGGUGGUUGUGACAAUCCUGACCGUCCAAAUAACGGGAUCAAGUGGUUCAGAUCACAAGUAUAAACCCACUGAUGAAGUUCCUAUUUAUGCCAAUAAAGUUGGCCCCUUUCAUAACCCUAGUGAAACAUACCGUUUUUAUGAUCUACCCUUCUGUUUACCAGCUCAUUUGAAGGAAAAGCCAGAAGCUCUCGGUGAAGUAUUAAAUGGUGAUCGUUUAGUUAGUGCUCCUUAUAAACUUCCGUUUUUGGUUGAGAAGGACUCGGAAAUUGUUUGCAGAAAACAACUGACAAAAGAGGAAGUAUCCAAACUCCGAAGUGCUGUUGCCAAGGAUUAUUAUUUCCAAAUGUACUAUGAUGACUUGCCUUUUUGGGGCUUUUUAGGGAAAGUUGAAAAGGACAAAACUGACCCCAGUGAGAAAAAAUAUUAUCUGUUUAAGCAUCUGCACUUUGAGGUCCACUAUAACAAAGAUCGUGUCAUAGAGAUAAAUGCAAAAGCUGAUCCUAAUGCCGUGGUAGAUCUCACGGAAGACAAGGAAGUUGAAGUGGAAUAUAUGUACACGGUGAAGUGGAAACAAACAAAUGUUCCUUUUGAGAGUAGGAUGGAGAAGUACUCUCAGUCGUCUUCACAACCACAUCACUUGGAGAUCCAUUGGUUUUCAAUUAUUAACUCAUGUGUGACAGUUCUUCUCCUGACUGGCUUCCUUGCUACAAUUCUUAUGCGAGUUCUUAAGAAUGACUUUGUUAAGUAUGCUCAUGAUGAGGAGGCCGCUGAUGAGCAAGAGGAAACAGGGUGGAAGUACAUUCAUGGUGAUGUUUUCAGAUACCCGAAGUACAAGUCUCUGUUUGCUGCUUCCCUUGGUUCCGGUUCCCAGCUAUUUUCACUUUCACUUUUCAUCUUUGGACUGGCUCUUGUUGGUGUAUUUUAUCCAUAUAACCGGGGAGCUCUGUUUACGGCUUUGGUUGUCAUAUAUGCUCUUACUUCUGGGAUUGCAGGCUACACUGCAGCUUCUUUUUAUCACCAGCUAGAAGGAACUAACUGGGUGAGGAACUUACUAUUAACUGGCUGCCUUUUUUGUGGACCUCUUUUUCUUACAUUCUGCUUUCUGAACACUGUUGCAAUCGCUUAUACUGCAACCGCUGCUCUACCCUUCGGUACCAUUGUGGUGAUCGUUUUAAUUUGGACUUUAGUUACAUCACCUUUGCUAGUAUUAGGAGGUAUUGCUGGAAAGAACAGCAAGGCUGAGUUUCAGGCUCCUGUUCGUACGACAAAGUAUCCAAGAGAGAUCCCACCUUUGCCAUGGUACCGCAAAACUAUCCCUCAAAUGGCCAUGGCUGGUUUCCUUCCUUUCAGUGCAAUCUACAUUGAACUUUACUACAUAUUCGCUAGUGUGUGGGGGCACAGGAUAUAUACCAUUUACAGCAUCUUAUUUAUAGUUUUUAUCAUCCUCCUGAUUGUUACCGCGUUUAUCACUGUGGCAUUAACUUAUUUCCAACUUGCUGCCGAAGACCAUGAAUGGUGGUGGAGGUCUUUCCUGUGUGGUGGCUCAACUGGAGUUUUCAUCUAUGGGUAUUGCUUGUAUUACUAUUAUCAACGUUCUGACAUGUCGGGAUUUAUGCAAACCUCGUUUUUCUUUGGUUACAUGGCUUGCAUUUGCUAUGGUUUCUUUCUGAUGCUUGGGACGGUUGGUUUUCGUGCGGCUUUGUUCUUUGUUCGACAUAUAUACCGUUCAAUCAAGUGUGAAUAGAAGCUUAAUGUUCAAUGUAGCUAUGGUCAAGCAGGAGUUGCUGCUGCCGCCACCCCGGGUGAAACCAUGAAUGCUACAAGAACAUACAUGUGGAACAAUGUUUUGAUAUUACUAGUUUAUGUUGUUUCCCUUUUCCUUUGCCCGGUUUGACAUUAGGAAGCAAAUUCAUACUCGAAUGCUCAAUUUUGGACAUAGAUACCAAUCUUUUUUAUUUUAAGUUUUAGCUUGUAAUUAAUCUUUGUGCAAGUCUAGUUAUUUGCCAGCAUUCAUUA